AACCUUGUGGUAUGGGUUGCACUUUCUAAUUUGUGGUGGUGUUUUAAUGUCAAAGGUCUGCAGAUUGAAUGUUGUUCUUUUUUAACGGUUUCUCCACUGUGUAAGUUAGAAUAGCCACACAGGAAAUAUGUGGUGUCAAUGUGAGCGAUUACCAGGAACGAGGGUAUGAAAUGUGCACAUAAAAGAAAGUGCUGUGUUCCAGCUGUAAGAUAAAACUAUCAAGAAACUUUAGUUUAGUAGACAAGCAUUUCGGCUAGGGCCUUCAUCAAUUUUUGCAUUGUCAAUUUAACAGUGUUUCACCAUUUUAUUUGACACUGCUGCUAAGUUAGGGGAUGUGCAAACUAGGCAGAAAGGAAAGCAUACAGUUUACCAAUACAGGACUCUAAGGACAACUAAAUAUCUUUAUCUGUCUGUAACAGUGUUCUGUUACUAUCUGGGUAUCCACUGAUAGACAAGAGAGACACAGAGUUUGACAUUGAAACGCCACUCAGGCGUCCAGGUUUUAUUUAAAGUUUACACACAGGCAGGUGCAGUGGUAGGUGGCCGCAAUAGUGCGGGAGGACAUACACACACAUGUACAUGGAAAUUAUACAAAAAUGCAAAAGCAAAACACAGUGGGUAAAUCCCCUAAAUUAAUCCCUGCUGAAUCCCAAGGAACCCAGUAUACACACGGUGGUCCUCGGUUUCAAUGACCCCAGUAUACACGCGGUGGUCCUCGGUUUCAAUGACCCCAGUAUACACGCGGUGGUCCUCGGUUUCAAUGACCUCAGUAUACACGUGGUGAUCACGCAUAUUUAGUUCAUACGUAUUUGAUUCACUCAACCUGGUUUUACACACAUUGAUAAGCUUCAGGCUGGAAGAUGAAGAAGAACAAAAGACUGGCUUUUCUGCCCCUUUUUAAAGGCAUGUGGCCAGAGUUAGUUGAUAAUCAAUUAGUCAAUCAACACCUGGCCACCUGCUGCACCUUGGUUUCAAUUAGGCAGGGAACCUCCCAGCCCUGCCAUAUCUAACACAAACUUUAUUUUCAAAUUAUAUAAAUUUAAUUUCCAAACCCACCAAAACAUAUUAUUUACAGUCAUGUUGGGAAAACAACACUAGCACGUUUUUAAAUCAAUUUUUCAAAUAAUUUUUUUACAUUUUAAAAUGUCCAGUUUGAUUGCUUCCUUACUGCUGUAAUAGCUUCGCAAUCAGGAUGACUGCAGAUCAGGCUGUGCAGCCUCCUAUCUAAAUAUCAAGGCAAUUGCCGUGGAAUGUAAGCACAUUGUCAUUUGAAUGGCACUUGCAUUCUGAAGAAAUCAGACAUGUACUGUCAGCAGUCCUGACCUUACACCUGUAUCUUACAGAGCAGCAGAUCUGAGGGUCAUCUCCAGCUCAAUGUUUGAAAACUUUUUAUUUUAACAGGCAUGCAAAAGCUUUUAGUAAGAAAUUACUCCAAUGUAAGUAGAAGCCCUCUAAAUAAGAAAAGUGAUCUGUCCGUUUGUGGUUUUUAAACAUUAUUAAUAUGCAGUUUCACCCAUUCCAGGUUUUACUACUAGCUUGAUUAGCCACAGUGUAUAUAGGUAAGGUGUGUGUUAUUAAACCAGGAAUGGAUCAAACUGCUGUGCAAUGGGGGUCUGUGAGAGAAAGACAAUGAUUUUUGGUGGUAAAUCUCCCUCCCGACCUGUGAGGGCGCUAAGUAACGGGAACAGGGUACUCUGGACUACUUGGCCUGACACUUCGUUCCGAGGGUUAAAAGGAAGUCAGUCAUGUAGAAAAGAGACAGAGCUUCGGUACACUAACUCAUUGACCCGGAAGGGAAAUGACUUGGCAGCCGUGGAGUGGAGGAGCAGCUGCAAUCGUUUACCAAGGGGUCAUGAGUGAUGGUAUAAAUAGGGGUCGUAGCAAUGCUAUCUGUUCCUUCAUUUUAGUUAUUAAUAAGUGACCCGGGAGGACCUGUAUUUGUGUGGUGAAUAAUCGUUGGCUGCUCCCUCCUUCCAAUAUGAAAUUGCUUUCAGAGAACCUUUACACUGUCCUGCACUGGGAGCCUGCACCCGGACAUCCUGCUGACACAAACUACACUGUGGAGAUCAGAAACUUGAAAGAGGAUCAGUGUAUUCAAGUUGAUGGCUGCAUUUCUAUGCCCUCCACACACUGUGACCUCUCCCUGACAUGUGAAGACACCUCUGCAUUGUACUUUAUAAGGGUGAGAGCCACUUGGAAUGGGAGCAGUUCAAACUGGACAGAUUAUCUGCAAUUUAAUCCAUAUCGAGACACUGAGGUCAGCCCCCCUACCGUCUCCCUCUCUACCCAGGGGAGAUCGGUCCGUGUUGACGUUCACCUCCCACGGACUCCUUUCAAAUACGAGAACAGCUUGCAGUUAAAAACAAUUCGCCACUUCUUUACUCUGAAGUGCACAAUCCAGCUGUACAAGGAUACCAACAUUAUACGAAGCACGGUGCUGAAGGAUAUUUCAGACAACAUGACCUAUACUUUUGAUGACUUGAAUCCCAAAGACCGGUACUGCAUUAUAUCCAUGAUCUCAGCUUACAAAGACAGUGGCUGGUCUCAUAAACAGUGUGUCUCCCUGAGAACAGAGCAGGGUCCAUCAGCGUCUUUGCUCGUACUUCUGAGCGCUGUACCAGUGUUACUUAUUUUCCUGGCUCUGGCUGUUGUCUUGUUCUUCCGAGAGUACAUCUUCCCCAGACGUUCAGAUCUUCAGAUUCCCAAAACCUUGGAGAUUCUCAUAGUAAAAAACGAUUUGUUUGUAAACCUCUGCCCCAAGAGUGUGGACUGGGAUCCGGUGGGAGAUAACAUCUCCUUCCUCUCUGUCCCCGGCUCCAGCCGCACUGCCUUACUGGGCAUCCAGGAAACCUCGAGUGACCCCCACAGCACAGACAGUGGGGAGGCCUGCUACCACAGCAAUGGCUUCUAUGAGACAGCCCUGGAGAAUGGGGCCUUUACUGGGAGCGUCAGGUCAUCAGGACAAACCAGGGAUCCGGACUACACACAAGAGGAGGGGUAUUCUCAAGAGCAGCUGAGCACCACAGCUAACGUGUCUGUUGAAUUCUAUUCUAAAACAAGCCCCUAUGGAACAGAGAAUCUCUCCCAGGGCAGUGUCAGUGCUGAGGACUCUGAAUUCAGAAACAGUCCAGUGCUAAGACCAGAAGUCAAAGAGAAUCCAGUUGGUCCUGGUUUAGACUCCAGGCCCCUGGUGGAUAUCCCUCUGUACUCUGUGAAACUGUCAGCCACUGAGGGGGCAGAGCUGUUCCUAGGAGGCAUAUCCCGUGACUCAGCUGCUGAGAAUGGUGCCAAAGAGCAGCCUGGAAGUUUUCAUUGCAGUAGAGAUGGGGAAGUCACCCCUAGCAUUAAAGAACAGCAGCUCACCCUCACUCUCCCUCAGCUGGACUCCAGCCCUGUGCUGAUGGACUCACAGGCCUCUGAGGUGUACCAGCUGGGUUCUGGGGUACCUGAAUCAGAGACGGGUGGGGAGAGCCAGUCCAGCACAGUCUUGGGCAACCCAGCUCAUGUAAGCGGGUAUGAAUGGCGCCCUUUUCCCUCUGAGUAUUCCUCCACGACAGGGGUAGUGUUGGGGUCAGUUAGACUGAACACCUCUCAAUUCCAAGACUGGGGGAUGUGAGUGUGCCCCUAAAUGGCUUGCUCAUUGCUUUUUUUGUCUGUAAAAAUUAGUAAUACGCCAAGGAGUGUCCUGUUUUAAUGAUUUACUGUUCAACAUGACAAUGUCUCAGGAAUUUCUUUCCACCCCAGCCUCAAGCUGUAAUACAGUGCAUUCCAUAAGUACGGGUACGCUUAUUCCAGGAAGUGAAGUGUUCUGUGUUCCGUGUUCACCGCUGCACUCGAUCAUCAUAUGGAACCUGCUUCAAUGAAAUCAUCUGCAUUCACAUACCACUGCCCAACAGCUCAUCUCGCUUGACUACCUCAACAUCAUUACUAAGUAAUAUUCAGAUUUUUAAAAACAACUCAGCCAGUCAUAAAGCUAUUGUCAGUUAUUAACCAUCAGUAAUAACUGCAGUAGUUAAUCAUGUGACGCACAACAGAUAGGAACUAUUCUAAACGCCCUCUUUGUCUGGAAUAUUCACACCUCCAGCCAUUUCUCAUAAUCCGGUCCUGAAGUAACAGAUUAGCGGGACUUUCUGAAGAAAUUUGUUUAGAGGUGAAUCAGUUUAUAACCUCAUGAAUGUAUUAUACAGUGUUUGCCAUGUUUAAAUGUAUUGUGCGCUGUAUAGUAUGUUUUGGUAAAUGUCUUUCAAAAACCUGGCUGACAGAUGUCUUCCAGCAAUGACUUCAAGUUUAUUUGCAAGGAAGCUGUUCAUGUCAAGCUAAAAAAUGUUUGAAAUAACUGAGAUUUUUAUAUAUAUAUAUAUAUAUAUAUAUAUAUAGCGCAAAGAGCCAGCUGCCCAACAUUUCGAUAUGUUGUACAUAUCUUUCUCAAGGGAGCUGUGUUUGAAUCAAAACUUUAGAGGUAUUUAUAGCUGUUUGACGGCAUGACAACUACUUGUUAUUGUUUAUAUUCAAAUCCAUGAUUUAUUCUUACAUGAUGUAAUGGUGUUCUAUAUAUUGUGACAUCAUUGUUACUUCUAUCUUUAAAUCUGUAUUAAUUCUAAUUAACAUGAUUUUAUAUAAACUUAUAUUUAUAUUCUCAUGCAAUUGAGGAUCAGCCUUGAAUUGACCUUCCCAGCACAUCAGCAUGCACAACUUUUGAAUUAAUUUUGUUUAUUUAUUUAAAUGUAAUUAGUUCAUUCUUUUCUGUUGAGUCCCGCUGGCAUAAUCGUGUUCAGUCUAUUUAUCCAUUUACUUUCUUUUAUUCUUCUAUAUGUCGCAUUGUCUAAUUUUAGCUGUUCUAAUACUACAGACUUUACAUAAUUUAUGUCAUGUCCUUGACUGGCAAAGUGCUGUACUAUUGGUUCAUUCCUUUUUUAUUUCUAAUUAAUGAAAGAUGGUUUUGAAUUCUUAUAAUUAUAUAAAGUUGUUCCAGUCUCUCCAA